AUGGUUUAUUGCAUACAACCAUAUAAAUGGAAUGAAAUAACUGGAGCUUGCAAACCAAUUUUUUCGCCAAAGGGCACGGCAAGCCAAUAUGAAUCUCGUAAACAAGAAUUUACUUGUUAA